AUGCAGACUCUGAUUUCGGGGGCAAAGGUCCUAGGUAUCCCUCUCGACAGCGAACAGAUCGAACAGUUUCGCGCUUUUGCCGCGUUGCUGGCCGAGUGGAACCAGAAGAUGAAUCUGACCGCGAUUACGGACAUUGAAGAGGUGCAGAAAAAGCAUUUCCUGGACUGUCUGGUUGGCCUGCCGCUUGUCGCAAAGGAGAUUGGAGCGUCUUUGCCGCCAAAGCGGGCGUUGGCUUGCAUCGAUAUCGGCACUGGCGCCGGUUUCCCGGGGGUACCUCUAAAGAUCGCGUGGCCCAACCUGAAGCUGACGCUUAUGGAUGGCACGGCCAAGAAAAUACGCUUUCUAGACGAGGUGGUGACCGCGUUGUCGCUCGAGAAUGUAACUCUCGUACAGGGUAGAGCUGAAGAAUUGGGCCGUCAUGGUCGUUUUCGCGGCCAGUUCGAUCUGGCGACGGCCAGAGCGGUGGCUCGGCUCAACACGCUGACUGAGUAUGUAUUGCCGUUUGUGCGCCAGAGCGGAAUGGCGGUCAUAUAUAAAGGCCCAAACGCGGCCGAGGAGUUCAUGGAAGCGCGCAAAAGCGAUAGAACUGCUGGGCGGCGAAACGGUCCGGUUCUCGCCUGUAGGCGUGCCGACACUGGAUGA